UUGAUUAAAAGGUGGUUUUAUCGGAAUAAAUCCGGAUUCGGUGUACCUAUUACGAUAGAUCGUGUGCAAAAGUGCCGUGUGCAAAACAGCAAAAUUGAGCGCCAAGAGGAAACGUGGUUAUCAGGGUUGAGGAGGAGUGGAGUGGAGAGGAGAGAAUUUUGAGAGGCGAGGAGCGAAGUGGUGUGGUUUUUAUAUUAACAUCAGUUUGCAAUAAGUUGACGACAGUACAUCAGGAGAACAAUGGGCGACAGUAACUGCUACAAGUGUGGAAAGCCAGGCCACUUUGCACGGGAGUGUAGAAGCGGGGGUGGUGGUGGCGGCGGCCGGGGAGGAUUCCGAGGGGGUCGCGGCGGGGGAGGAGCCGGUGGAACCAAGUGUUAUAACUGUGGAAAAACUGGACACUUUGCUAGAGACUGCACCAACGAGGCCCAGGAGCGCAGAGAAAGAAGCAGUGCAUGCUAUCAUUGCGAAGAGGAAGGCCAUCUGGCCAGAGAUUGCCCCAACCGUGACACCAAGGGGGGCGGUGGUGGAGACAAGGGGUCAUGCUACAACUGUAACCGACCAGGACACAUCGCUCGGGACUGCCCGGACGGACGUAGAGGGGGCGGCGGCGGUGGUGGACGGGAACAGACCUGUUACAACUGUGGAGAGUCCGGUCACAUCGCGCGGGAAUGCUCCAACAGUAGCAGCAGCAAGAACGUCAAGUGUUACAACUGUAACGAGAUGGGCCACUUUGCUCGCGACUGUCCCACCGAGGACUAGACUUCUCUCCGGAGUUUGAUGUUUAGAAAAGAACUUUAAAGUAUCUUUAAGAGGAAAAAAUUUCUUGUAUUGUAUUUGAUUCUUGUGUAAUGGCGCAUCAAUUUUUGUUUGGUAGUGGAUAAUCCUUUAGUCCUUUAAUAUGAUUUACUUUGUCGCUUGAAUUUGCCAAACACAAAAAAAAAAUGAAAAAUGAAACGGAGGCAUAGAAAUAUACUGGCGUUCAAUAUGUUUGGGAGAAGUUGAUUAUGACAUUGUAAAUCAUUUUAAGGCUGUUUGUGAUAAAGAUGAUGUAUCAUUUUGUAAUGUUAAUCCGUAUCUGAUCGUGAGAAAUGGAGAAAUAUUGUCAACAUUAUUUGCAUUCCUUGUCUCGCAUCAGAACCAAGAGCAGAUAAAUCAGGCUUAAUACUUCAGAUUAAAAUUACUGGUAAUGAAUUAACUUGAACAAAGUUUUGAUCAUCAUUUUAAUUUUAAAUGAUUAAAAGAACUUAAAUGAUUCAGGGAAUGUAGACUGAUAAAUGAGAAAGAAGCAAAGAAUUCAAGGCUUAAUGGAAAACGUAAAUUUUGUUGUAAUGAUUUAUCUGCUCUUGUGUAGCCCUCCAAGUUCUAACACACAACAGGGAUGGUAGUAAGAAAAUGUCAUUAAUUCACUGUCACAGCUCAGACGUGGAGGGCUUAUGGACUCUGUACAUAAUGGUUUUCUUUGUUAAUUGUAACUCCAGAGGUCGUGUGAUGUCAAAGGUUAGAGGUCAAGGAGACAUCCAUUCCAAUCUCGAGGUUUUCCACCUGUGUUUAUGUCUGGUGUAGUUGGAAGGGGUGGACCCAUCUUUGUAAUGGUUGUAAACGGGGUUUCAAAAAUGUAAUUGUAUUGCAUUUAUGUACAAGAGGUUAUAUUUGAUCGGUCCACAUGCACUUUUAUUGAAUAACUGUUUAGAUGCAUUGUGCCGAUAGUGUUCAGAUGUUAUAAAGGAAUAGUGAUAACUGUUGGUCAAGAUAUUUUUAUAUGGGGCAGUAUUUGGAAAUGAAUUCUGAAGUUCAAAGAUUAGCAUAGUCAACAGACUAAUACUGAGUGAAAUUGGGAAUUCUUAAAAAUUUCCCAAAUGGUUUCAGUUGAAGUUAACUUAUUUUUUCUCAUUUGAAAGAAAAAAUGUGCUAUAAAAAAAUAAUUGGCACACCCCUGAAAAAAAAAACAGAAAAAUGUGCAAUUUUCAUUUAUAUAUUCCAAUUAUUUUCUAGGGGAAAAUGUUAAUCAAAGUUAACAUUUUUUCCUUGAAAAUAAGUGUACUUUGCUCAAUUAGCAUCUGACUUUUCAACUUGUUAUUUGUGAAGCCAAAUUGGGUAUUUUUUCCAUUAUUUAAUUUUUAUUAACGGUUGAUAAUUGAGCAAAGUACUGAAGUAGGAGGUGGUGAAGCGUGACGGGAGAUAAUGUGGUCUCCGGGCGGGUGGUUGGGCGUGACUGUUGGUUGCGGCCAAGCGCCCGCUACGAUGUAGAGGAGGAGUCGAGGAAACACACUCUCAAAGGCAGCUGAUUCGGUGACCCACGUGGAAGGAGUUUUGUAUAUUGAUAAUGUACUCUUUUUAUUUUAGGUAGCCUAAAGUUGGCUUAUGAAUUAAUUUUUAAAUCAACUUUGUUUGCUGAACUUUUACAGGUUUUGGAAGUUAUAAACAAUUAUGAGAAAAAUUCUAUCUUAGCCUUUAAGGCAGUUGCCGUUUUGAGGUAAAGAGACGAUGCAUUUUUAGAAUCGAUGCUCAAAGCAUUGUACAGCAUUCAAGGUUGAUUUAAGCUCCAUGCUGCAUAUAAUUUUUGUAACAUGAUGAUGUAUAUAUGCAGCAGUUAUUUAGUUGAUUGAAAGUGAAGAUGUGAUGGAAAAUAAAACAUAUUAACAAGGA